ACUCACACCACAAGUGGGUCCAGCCCGAAUUCGAUAAGCCCGCGAAGCGAUGGCCUCCUCGCGCCGGAGAUCGUGAGAUCGCGCCUCCGCCGCCGCGCGCGACGCCGGCGAUGACCUCCGCCGUUCUCGCCGGCCGGAAUGAGGUCCACCAAACGCACCCGCACCACCGCCACUGGGACGACGCUCGCGUCCCCCUCAUGCCCAAACAAACCAACCCUAACCCUAGGCACCAACGGCCGGUCCCAAGUCCUAACCCCAGCGCCCACCCGCCGCCGCGGCCGCGGCCGCCACCGCCGGUUCCGGCGCAGCCGGAGCCCUCGUCAUCGAGCUACGUGAAAAUCCGGCCGUCAGAAAUGUCCCCCUUCGAGGCCCGGCAGCUCCGCGCGCGGCUCACCGGCGAGCUGGGCCGCGUCCGCGCCCUCAUCUCCCGCAUCGACUCGUGGCAGGACGGGAUGCGGCGGCGAGCUCCGGAGCCGGAGCCGCGCCACGCGUCCCUGCCGGCGGCGAUGCUGAAGCGGUGCGCGCAGAUCCUGACGCGGCUCCGCAAGCAGAAGAUCAGCGUAUGGUUUAACUCGCCGGUGGACGUCGAGGGGCUGAAGCUGCACGACUACCGCGCCAUCAUCCGGAACCCUAUGGAUCUCGGCACCGUCAAGGAGAACCUCACCGCCGGGAGAUACCCCACGCACGAGGCCUUCGCCGCCGACGUGCGGCUCACCUUCAACAACGCGCUGCGAUACAACCCGGCGGACCACCAGGUGCACAAGUUCGCCGGCACCCUCCUCGGCACAUUCGAGAGGCUGUACAAGGAGGCCAUUUCCUGGUUGGAGCAGGAACGCCAGCGCCUGGAGCCGCCAAUGCCGUUGGCUUUACUGCCGCCACCGCAGCCGCCGGUGCCUUUGCCUGUCCAGGCCCCCCCAAGGAUGGGGGUUGGAAAGAGGCCAAAGCCCAAAGCAAGGGAGCCAAACAAGAGGGAGAUGGAUGAGGAGGAGAAGCAGAAGUUAAGGUUGGAGAUUGAGAACUUGCCAGAGGAGAAGAUGAUGAAUGUGCUGCAGAUUGUGCAGAAGAGGAAUACUGAUCCAGCACUGUCGGGGGAGGUUGUUGAGCUUGAUUUUGAUGAGCUGGAUGUCGAGACGCUGUGGGAGCUUGAUCGAUUCGUGGUCAAUUGGAGGAAGGCUCUCAAAAAGAGCCAGCGGAAUGUUGUGAUGAAUGGUGACGCAGCUGUGAUGAAUGGGGACUCCAUUGAUGUGACAAUUGUUCCAGAUGAGGAUGACAUGGUGCAGCUGGAUGUCAAUCCGCAUGCAGUGGUUGAAAUUGGAGACUCGGAGAUCGACAGGCUGGAGAAGAGGGCAACAGAGGUGGAGAUGGUUGACGAGUAUGUGGAUAUUGGUGAUGAGAUGCCGACGGUGAAUUACCAAUCGUUGGAGAUUGAGAGGGAUGCCCAGGUGGCUAGCAGCUCAAGCGGGUCUGGAAGUGGCUCAUCUUCUUCCAGUGGUUCUGACUCGAGGAGCUCUGCGGACUCCGAUUCUGAUGGGGAUGAUGCUCGCUCUCCGGCUUAGGUGGAUCUUCUUUCUCUGACUGUAGGAUUAGUGAUUUGAGACGGUGACUGAAGCUCUUUUUAGCUGAGGUGCAUUUGAGGAAUGGUAUAGAAAAUUGGAGGGGGUUCUUGUCCAUGCAAGUCAUUGUGAGGUGUGUUUUUGUGUGUAUGUGGAUGCAGCUUAGGUUGUUGCUACUUUGUAGUGGAUAGCUAGAUCUUUGGGUAGAUUGGGAGACAACUAUUACUGUAAAGAAGAACGGAAUAUAAUCCAGGAGAAAGAUAAAACGUUC